AUGCCCACCAACAAAGCAGCCUGGCUUACCGAAGCCAAAGCAUACCCUCUCCAAGUCAAUCCAGCACCAUACACCUCCCCAGGAGCCAAUGAGAUCGUCGUCCAGAACGCUGCGCUGGGUCUGAACCACAUCGACUACAUGAUCCAGUCAUUUGCCUUCAUCCCAUUCGUGUAUCCCGUUAUACUUGGUGAAGAAGUUGCCGGUACGGUAUUUGAGGUCGGUAGCGAUGUGACUCGUUUUAAAAAGGGUGAUCGUGUCUUCGGCCUUACUGCUUCUUUCUUAACGAAGAGGAAUAGCGAAGCUGGGUUUCAGCAGUAUACAAUCGUGGAGGAUUCUAUCGCCUCUGGCAUACCGAAGAAUGUGUCCUUUGAGACUGCUGCGGGUGUCCCGUUGGGAGUGGCUACUGCUGCGGCGGGGUUGUUUCAAGAAGGAUAUUUGGCGCUGAGGUACCCGUCUGCGUCUACGACGCCAGUGUCGAAGAAUGGCGAUACGGUUUUGAUUUGGGGUGGUGCGUCUGUUGUGGGUUCUAGUGCUAUUCAGCUCGCUGUUGCCGCGGGAUACGAAGUGGUCACUACUGCUUCGCCGAAGAAUUUCGAUCUCGUGAAGAAACUCGGUGCCAGUGAGGUGGUGGACUAUAACAGCUCGAAUGUAGUCGAGGAUCUGGUGGGUAUUCUCAGUUCAAAGGCUUUUGUCGGGGGGUUGGAUGCUGUUAAUAGCGGCGGAGCAGUUCAGGCUGCGGCUGAGGUGGUAUCCAAGUUGAAAGGUAUCAAAAUACUGGCUACCGUGUCUGGGGUUCCAGAUGGCAUUUCUGAGACAGUGAUCGUAAAACCGGUUCUUGCAACGACCAUCAAAGACAAUGCUGUUGGCAAGGCUGUCUUCCACGACUACCUGCCUGCCGCUCUUGCUGAUGGGCGGUUUAUUCCUUUGGAGACGGUUACGGUUGGAAAUGGUCUCGAGUCUGUGCAGAGCGGGCUUGAUACGCUGAAGAAAGGGGUCUCCGCGAAGAAGCUUGUGGUCUCUUUGUAG